AGAGAUGGCAAAUCCUGAGGUAGUUGUAAGUAGCUGCAACUCUCACAUAGAGGAAAAUCCCUGCAGUUUUAAUCAGCAUACAUCUGUCUCUGAGGAGCUUCUAUUAGAAGACCAAAUGAGGCGAAAACUCAAAUUUUUUUUCAUGAAUCCUUGUGAGAAGUUCUGGGCUCGAGGAAGAAAACCAUGGAAACUUGCCAUACAAAUUCUGAAAAUUGUAAUGGUGACUAUUCAGCUGGUCUUGUUUGGGUUAAGCAACCAAAUGGUGGUGACAUUCAAGGAAGAAAACACUAUAGCAUUCAAACACCUCUUCCUAAAAGGCUAUAUGGACCGAAUGGAUGACACAUACGCAGUAUACACGCAAAGAGAUGUGUACGAUCAGAUCAUCUUUGCAGUGAAUCAGUACUUGCAGCUCUGCAGCAUCUCCGUUGGGAAUCAUGCUUAUGAGAAUAAGGGUACUGAGCAAUCUGCUAUGGCAAUCUGUCAGCACUUCUACAAGCAAGGAAACAUCUGUCCUGGAAAUGACACCUUUGAUAUUGAUCCAGAAAUCGAAACUGAAUGCUUCUUUGUCGAGCCAGAUGAGCCUUUUCACAUUGGAACACUAGAAGAAAAUAAACUCAACUUAACCCUGGACUUCCACAGACUCUUAACAGUGGACCUUCAGUUUAAACUAAAGGCAAUUAAUCUGCAGACAGUCCGUCACCACGAACUCCCUGACUGUUACGACUUUACUUUGACUAUAACAUUUGACAACAAGGCCCAUAGUGGAAGAAUUAAAAUAAGUUUAGAUAACAACAUUGCCAUCAGAGAAUGUAAAGACUGGCACGUAUCUGGAUCAAUUCAGAAGAACACUCAUUACAUGAUGAUCUUUGAUGCUUUUGUCAUCCUGACCUGCUUGGCUUCACUAAUUCUCUGCGUUCGAUCUGUGAUCAGAGGACUUCAGCUUCAGCAGGAAUUUGUCCAUUUUUUCCUCAUUCGUUAUAAAAAAGAAGUUUCUGUUUCUGAUCAAAUGGAAUUUGUCAAUAGAUGGUACAUCAUGAUUAUUAUUAGUGAUAUAUUGACAAUCAUUGGAUCAAUUCUGAAAAUGGAAAUUCAAGCUAAGAGUUUGUCAAGCUAUGAUGUCUGUAGCAUCCUGCUUGGGACUUCUACCCUGCUUGUGUGGCUUGGAGUCAUCCGAUACCUUGGGUUCUUUCAGAAGUACAAUCUCCUUAUUCUGACCCUUCAGGCAGCACUGCCGAAUGUCAUCAGGUUCUGCUGCUGUGCGGCUAUGAUUUAUUUAGGCUAUUGCUUCUGUGGAUGGAUUGUCCUGGGUCCUUAUCACGAUAAGUUUCGUUCUCUGAACAUGGUCUCUGAGUGCCUUUUCUCUCUGAUAAAUGGAGAUGACAUGUUUGCCACAUUUGCAAAAAUGCAGCAAAAAAGUUACUUGGUCUGGGUGUUUAGCAGAAUCUACCUCUACACAUUCAUCAGCCUCUUUAUAUACAUGAUUUUAAGCCUUUUCAUUGCACUAAUUACUGAUACAUAUGAAACAAUUAAGCAUUACCAACAGAAUGGGUUCCCAGAGACUGAACUUCGUACUUUUAUAUUGGAGUGCAAAGAUCUACCCAACUCUGGAAAAUACAGAUUAGAUGACGACCCUUCAGUAUCUCUUUUCUGCUGUUGUAAUAAAUAGCUAUCAAGUUUAUCUGUAUUCUAGAGGAAAAUGUAGCAUGUAGCUGAAUUGAGAGACUAUAUAGAUACUUUAAGUGUGGCAUGUUCAAAGACCAACUAUUAUGUUGCGCUAAUGGGUAUCUUUCACUCAGAACUAUGUUUGUAUUUUUAAAAGUGUUUUUAAUGUCUUUUAAAAUUUUAUGCUUUAUUUAAGCAGUUUUGAUGAGGGCAGCCAU